CUCGGCGCAGCAGAGGGCGGUGGAUGACAUAUUCCCGAAGGCCGCAGUCGGGAAUGAUGGCGGGCCUGUGGUGAAGGUUGCCAUCGGUGAUGAAAUCGACUCUACAGCCGAGGGCUCCCCCGUUGCUGAGCUAAAGAGGAAGCGGGCCGGGAAGGCUGUGGUGCCCUCGGAGGGGAAGAAGCAGAAGAAGGGGGCCCUCGGGAAGAAAGAGGCCCCCGUUGUCAUUGUCGAGGAGCAUUCCUCAUCCGAGCCCCCGGUUUAAGUUGUCAGAGUGACGUGGCCCCAGGAGAGCGUGCAGUUCUCCAUCACCAAGGGGUCUGCCAUCAUGCAUGGCACCCUCAGCCCGAGGGAGUUCUUGAGGGGUGCCACCCCUCCGACAGACAAGUCAGUGAUGUCCCGGCAGGCUGACGACGCCCUCUGCUCCAAGGUCCUGCAUGCUUCGAUCACCGCAAGUAUUGGCCUAGGUGAGCUGAUCCGGAGGAUGGAGGAAUCUACCCUUCAGAAGCAGAAGGCUGACGAAUCUCUGGUCCUUGCCCGGAAGCAGCUCCAAGAUGCGCAGGAGGCCUUUCGCCUGGAGAGGGAGGCUUUCGACAAAAUCUUUGAAAACAGCAAGGUCGUGGCUAGAGCUGAGGCUGAGAAGGUUGCAGCUGAGGCCGCCGGGGCAGCUGGUGAAAGGGCCGAGGAAGCCAAGAAGAAGGCGGUCACCCAAGCUGAGAAGGUCGUUGUAGCUGCUUUUGUGACCGAGGGCUGGAAGACCGAGGAGCAUCAGCAGUGGGUGGCCUCGAUGGUGGAGGCCUCGUGGAUAACUGGGUGAAGGGCCCCGGGGCCAUGUGGCUAGCCCAUAAGGGCAAAGAGUAUUAUGAUGGGGGCGAGUACUUCACUCAGGCCCUCAUCUACCGAAGGCUAGCCCGACACAUGGGGGUGGACCCAAAGGCCUUUGACCCGGUGGCUCACGGUCUUACUCCCCUCCAGCCUGAUCCCAGAACUCCCCUCCCCGAGGGCGCUUCGAGGCCUGAUCUAUAAGAUAUUGUGCUGAUGCAGGAGGCCAGUGACGAAGAAGAAGGAGCCGAAGGGGACGCCAUGUCGAAGCCUGCCGAGGGGGGUGCUGCUGCAGCUAUGAUAACCCUGCCCUUGUAUAAAUUUUGAACAAUUUUGUAAUGAAGAUAUACAAUCCUUCGGCUUCGGCCUUUAUGUAUAACAAUUUGCUUUUCCAUUACGUUAAUGAAUGCCUU